AUGAUUGAGCUACAUUCCUCAACGCAUCGAGUCUUCGUUACGGCUGUUGUUUUCAUCGUUUUGACAUCCACAGUGAUCACGUUGCGAAUCAUUGCUCGUGUAAAGGCCCGACAAUUCUCAUACCUUUCCGAUGGCCUAUGCUUCAUUUCUUUCCUCCUGUUCUGCGCUUAUGCAGGGGUGAUGCUUCACUAUGUUUUCGACAUUGCGGGCAGCGACCCUUUUAUGCCCACGUCGUCCCUGAAUCUCAUCGAAUUUCUCAAGGUACUCAAGACCACAUGUCCAUUUCAACAUAUAUCUGUUAUCCUAGAGAAAAUCGGACAAGAUUGGGAUGGCAAUAUAUUGUACGUGGAGCAGGUCCUCUUCACAUUUUCUAUUUCGAUAGUGAAGCUUAGCAUCUUGGCGUUUUAUUGGAGCCUCUUUGGGGUUGAGAAGAAGAUGAAGGUUGCCAUAUUAUCUAUCACAACAGGGUGCAUCCUGUGGUGGAUUAUAUUCACCUUUCUGGCAGCCUUCAGGUGUCGCCCGCCGACCAACGCAUGGAAACCGUCAGCCCCUCCCGGCAGUUGUAUCCCAGCUCCCGAUAUUUUUCUCCCAUUGGAGUCAACUAACUUGGUGCUGGAUAUUCUAGUCCUAUGCAUACCUGUCUUCACUAUUGGGAAACUUAAUCUUUCCACGAAGAAGAAGGUAUCAGUUAUUGGAAUAUUUUUAGUUGGAGUGUCAGUCUGCGUGGCUAGCGUUGCGCGCAUCAUUGGUAUUACGAAAAGUGACCAUGCUGGGAUGUUCUUCUGGUCCUGCAUGCAACUUGGGUUGGCCAUUGUCUGUAGCUGCUUACCAUUACUCGGUGCGCUCUUGAAGCACAAGAAGAAGCUUAGUUCGUACCCAAGAAGCAGCGAGUAUAAUUCUUUUCGCAGCAGAACAGGCGGCACGUCCGCGUUUAGGAUUACAGAAAACACUAGUCGAGCAGCUGAUGGUCCUUGGGUUGACUCGGCAGAAUUGCAGGGAAAAAGUAAGACUCAAAUCUCAGCAGGAAACGAAGGAAUCCGCGACGCAGAAUACGGGCUGGAGCCGUUGCCAUCGAACAACAUUAGGGUCCAGAAAGAGAUAUCAGUAGAUUAG